GCAAACAAACCCCACCCCCCAAAAUUCCACUCAAAUUAUUAAGUGUAAAGAAGAUUGCAGAAUCGGAAGAAGAAAAUUGCAGAUGGGUCACCACUCUUGCUGCAAUCAACAGAAGGUCAAGAGAGGCCUUUGGUCGCCUGAGGAAGACGAAAAGCUCAUCAGAUACAUCACCACCCACGGCUAUGGCUGCUGGAGUGAAGUCCCUGAGAAAGCUGGGUUGCAGAGAUGUGGCAAGAGCUGCCGCUUGAGAUGGAUCAACUACUUGAGACCUGACAUAAGAAGAGGGAGGUUUUCCCCUGAAGAAGAGAAGCUGAUCAUCAGCCUUCAUGGAGCUGUUGGCAACAGAUGGGCUCACAUAGCGAGUCACCUGCCGGGAAGAACAGACAAUGAGAUCAAGAACUACUGGAAUUCAUGGAUCAAGAAGAAGAUAAGAAAGACUACAACGACCCAAACCUCCAAUAAACCUACCACUGAUCAACAUUCUCAAUUCGGCUACACUUCAAAUCAAGUAGAUUUCUUAAACCAAGAUUUGGUAACAAAGAGGCCCCUCCAAGACACAUUGUUCUCUUCUCCCAGCCCUUUGUUCAUGUUCGACACCGGCCCGGUGGGGCUCGAGGGGAUUGGCACCGAUGGCAAUGAGAGACCAGGAGAGCUUUUCCAAGAAUCCAUGGGAUUGAAUUCUGAGGUUGUAGCUUGGCAUAUGAACCAGCAGGAGGUUCCAGCAGUUCUCCCUUUGGCCUCUUUCAGCGGCGGCAUGGACUCCAAUUACUUGCCGCCAUUGAUAGAGAGCAAUGAGGGCAUGGCGGCCAUGGAAGUGCAGCCUUGCAGCAUCAAUGGGGAAAGGGAGAUGGGGCUGGAAUUGAAUGAAUGGGUUGAAUCCCAACAAUGUGCAAGUUUUCUAUUCUGGGAUCAACCCGAAGGACCCGUGCUUGGCGGAGAGGAAAUUGCACCAGCUUCAUCAAACAUGGGAACCAUGCUAUCCCCCUAUCCUUCUUCUUUGUGAGAUGAAUUACCAUGCCCCCUCUAUCUAUCUUUGAUCUGGUUUUGGAAACAACUUUUUCUUUUUCUUGAUCCGAUUGACUGCUGAUUCUCUUACACUUUGAUUGUUGAGUUAAUGGAAUGAGUGAACUGUUGAAGAAACAGAAGAACAGAAAGGAAUAAAGAAACUGAUGAUGAAAACAUUAGGGUUGUGAAUCUCUCUCUCUCUCUCUGAUGAUCCCUCCUCCUUUGCUGCUUGACUCUGAUUGUCAUGGUAUUUGAAUAAUUGUAUUAAUGGUUAAUUUUCCAUCUUUCUUCCUUAAUUUCCCACUUCUUCAACCACUUUUAUGAGUUCAAGAUAUAAACCUGA